GGUGCAAUUCUAGAAAAUGGCGAAAUCAACUGGGAUUGUCCUUGUAUGGGUGGAUUUCAGAAUGGUCCUUGUGGCCAAACAUUUCGAGACUCUUUUACCUGCUUUAUACAGAGUAAAGUUGAACCAAAAGGGUCCGAUUGUUAUGAACAAAUGAGAGAGUGGUCACAGUGUAUGAAAGAUAAUGCAGAAUACUAUGACAAACUUAAAGAAAAAAACGAAAACAAUGAUGAAGAUAGUGAU